UGCUGAUAGUUGAUAAUCAGUUACUUAUUGUAUCUUGUGGCAAUAGCAGUGGAUAGUGGCGAAAUAAAAGGGAUGCAGGGUUCGCACCAUAAAGCGUGGCGUAAGAUAGCGAAAAAGCUUCGUCGCAAGAGAAUUAGACAAAAACUAGCUAAAGAAAGGGAUGACAAAAUUGAGGCAGAAAAUGCAAAACUAAAACUAGAUCCCGCCUACCAACAAUGGCUUACCGACCAAGAGACUCUAGAAAAGUUUCGCGAGGAAGUUGAGCAACGUGAACACGACGAACAGGAAGAAUUAUGGAUGCGUCGUGAACUUCUAGCUCAGAAGAAAUUCCGUCAAGAAAAGAAGCGCCAGGAAGCGGCUGAAAAAGCUAAAGAGGAAGAACGUCAGCGAAUACAAAAAGAAUUCGAGGAACAACAAAAAAUAGUUCAGCAACGAAUCGCUGAGAAAAAACGGCUGGCCGAGGAGAAGCAAAGGAGGCACGAACUUCUGCAGCAGAGAAUCAAAGAAUACAUUAACGAAGGAGGCGAGUUACCUCAAGAGCUUUACGAGUCAGCCGAUACGAAUCCUGGAAAGGAACUGUGUCCGUUUUUCAUGAAGACAGCAUCAUGUCGUUUUGGGGACAGAUGUACUCGGAAUCAUUCUCGACCAUGUGUCAGUCGGAUUCUGCUUCUACCUUAUUUUUUCACCCACAUCAGACUGGAGCAACCAGCCCAUUCGGAAUAUGGAAGCGACUUAUCCCUUGAAUUCAGCGAAGCCGAGCUUUACCAAGCAUAUGAUGAUUUCUUCGAAGAUGUCACAACAGAACUAUCCAAAUAUGGCUCAAUUGUGAAUUUUCGCGUUUGUCGAAAUUCCGAGCCACAUUUGCGAGGGAAUGUUUUCGUAGAGUUUGAGGAUGAUAGGUCUUCAUUGCGAGCUUAUCAAGUGCUUCAAGGCCGAUAUUAUGCUGGGAAACGGAUAAAUGUGGAGUUUUGUAAACUGGUAUCAUGGAAAGCAGCCAUUUGUGGAUUAUCACUUUCGCGGACUUGCCCAAAAGGUGCAAAUUGCAAUUAUUUACAUAUAUUUAGAAAUCCGGGAAACAAGUACAACACAAGAGAUCCAUUAACGGAAAGAUCAUCCCGCCGGAAUAAUGUAGAAGGAAGCACACCAUCAACGCAUAUUAGAAGUUGGAAUGACGACAUCAGUUCUUCCCGACGUGAUUGGCGGUGGUCUGAGAGUCCUGAACAUCCUGCUGGCAUAUCCGAGACUCAUCGACCUCAGAGCCGAAGGAGGUCACGAUCGAGAAGUCAUGAGAGAAGGAGAAAAUCGAAUCAAAACGAAUAUCGGCGUAGAUCUCAAUCGAGGGAAAAUAUUCAAUGCAGGAGGUCACGAUCUAAGAACUCCUCUCGCGAUAGUCAUGACAAAUCCAGACACAGACGUCGAAGUAGAUCUAAAUCAUCCAGCAGUAAACUCAGUGAAGUGAAGGAUCGUAAUGAAAUGCAAAGUAAUGAAAACUACAAGAAGUCACAGCGAUCGCGAUCUAAGUCAAAGGAGAAAAGGAAGAGGAAACGACGUAAGCGUAGUAAAUCAAAAUCAAGACAUAAAUAAAAAAAUAAUUUUUAAAAUUUAAA